AAGAUGACCUACCAUAGUUAGGACUAUUUGCAUCAAAUUUACCAUUUUUGAAACAUGUAGAAAACAUGCCUUUACCAACACAUCAUUAGUUGAUGGUAUGGUUUAAUCAAAAAGGUUACCGACAAUGCAUGAAUUAGUUGAUGGUAUGGCAUAAUCGAUCAAAAAAGGUUAUCGGCAAUGCAUCAUUAAUAUUAAUUAAAUGUGUGAAUAUUAACUAAUUUAAUUGAUUAAAAUCUUAAAGGUGGUACUCUAAAUUUAGAUCUAAUUCUAUUUACAACAUUGUCCAAGUCUCUCCAGUCUCCACUAUACAUCCAUAUAAAAUGUAAAAAAAUAAAUAAAAAAUAAAUAAAUAGAUCAAUUAGACAUGCAACAUGUCACAUAGAAAACAUAGUAUAUACAAGUAUAAUUGAAAUCGAGUAAGGAAUUAAAUCAUCGUACAUAUUUUUGAAAUAUAAAGCACCAAUCGUUGGGAUGUAACUCGACUCACAUCCUAGAAUUUUCCGCAAUCUUUUAGUUCCCGUGUUGAACUGGACUAACAAAUAACAAUAUGCUGAGUAUAUAAUACUGGAAUGUACUAUGUAAUUUAUGUAAUUACUAAGUCUAAUCUGCUUCAAUUUCUUUUAUAAUUUUCUUGUCUAGCUUAGUCUUCUUUUGAACAAGUGUAAUUUUUUUAAAAAUUCCUUGUUUCCCUCCCUUUGUUUUAAGGGGUAUUGUUUAUUACAAGAACUAUCUCUUUAUAUCAAUGUUCGUUGUCAAUAUCUAUCUAUAAUAUAUUGAUCAUAUCAUAUAUAUAAAUAUAGUUGUUAUACGCAUCAUUAUAUUACAGUGCCAUGAUCUUGCACGACAACUCUAAAGCCUCUCCUUUAUCCUUCACAAAUUCCGAAUAAAGGAAGAUUAAAGCUUUAAAUGGCGGGAAACAUAAAGCUAUUGGAAAUGAAAAAACAUAGCUCAACAAAUUCACUUGCUUCUCAUAUCUGGAAAGACCGGAAUCAUCUUGGAUUAUUACAUGGAUGCCAACCGACAUCAAGACGCAGAAAGGAGAAACUACUGAAGGAAGUAGCUAAACCAUCCUCAAGCAUAUCCAUAUCAGAUUUGAUGAGAACUCCUGAAACUUUGGCCUCUGAAAAAUAUGCCUCUAAAAAAGAUGUUUAUCAAACAGUUGUGGAAGCUGUUAACAGACUAGGCGGCAUUAAAAACGCUACCCCAGAAGCUAUGGUUGAUGAGCUGAUGGACUAUGAAAAUUUAAACCUCUUGGAUGUGUACAAGCACAUGCAGAUGCUCGAGCGGCCUACAAAUUCAGAAGGGAAUGAUAUAUGGACGCGUACGAAGAAUACAUCUGUAAAAAAACCUGAAAGAAAGAUGUCGUCAAGUGUAAUGACUAAAAAAGAAUCAAGCGAGACAACCAGAAACAAAGCUACCGUUAGCAAAAAAUUUAGGGCUAAAGUGAAAGAAAUGGGAUUUACAAGUAAUGAAAUCAAGUCUCUUUUAGAAGGUGAGGAAAGAAUGUGGCAAUUUUGCACACUUUUUCCUGAACGUUGUGAAUUCGAAAAGGAUACGCUUAUUCAAUUGUGGAUAGCAGGAGGCUUUCUAAAGGGUAAGCAAAAGGAUCAUCUUGGUGACUUCUAUUUCAGUACUCUUUUGUCCUAUGACUAUAUUGCGAGUACAAGCACACGGUCUCCUAUCGAGAAGGAAAGAUAUGUUGUAAAUAUAGAUAAGAUGAUGAAUGAUAACGCGAACACAAUGUCACAUGAUAAGGAGCUCUUUCAUAAAUUGAAGAGCUUGUAUUAUCAUAAAGCAUCUAAACAUGUACAAUAUGUGUCUUUGGUGGGGGAAGAAAUCGAUGAAGAAAGUCUUAGAAGAUUGACAGAUUUCAAGGAGUUAAAGGCGCUAAUGCUGCUUAGUGAGGAUGCUUCGAGUAUUAGCAAGAUACCGAGUAAUGUAUUUUCGGCUCUCAAGCAUUUGGAGGUGUUGGAUUUGAGUAAAUCUAACCUUGUCGAGUUACCAAAUUCCGUGGGAGAUUUGGUUAAACUUAAGUACCUAGACCUUUCGCAAACUCUAAUUGAGUUAUUGCCCGAAACCAUUGAUUGUCUUUCUAAAUUGCAAACCUUGAAACUCAAAGAUUGUACACACUUGUAUAGGUUACCUGAAGGGAUGAGAAAGCUAACCUCUCUCAAACAUCUCGAGCUUGAUGUUCUCGGGCAAUUAGACCUUAUGCCGAGAGGAAUGGGAGCACUUACCGAGCUUGAGACCUUAUCAGCAUUUCUUGUUCAUAAUAAGGAUGAUGAUCGAAGCAUUAAAGAGUUAAAGAAUAUGAACAGCCUUAAGGAAAGUUUUUGCAUUGCAAGAUUGGAGAAUGUUUCGGAUACAUUUGAUGUUGUGAAAUCCUCAUUGUCUAAAAAGAAGUAUGUAAAGGAGUUAGAGUUAAGGUGGAGCGACUUGCAUCAACAUCGGACUAAGUCACUAGAUCAAGAUGAAAUUCUUCAAGGACUUCGACCUCACUCUAACUUGGAAAAGCUACAAAUAUCGUGCUAUGGAGGCACGAGCUUUCCUAGUUGGAUCGGUGAUCCUUCAUUCAUGGUGCUCACUAGUGUUACACUCUACAAAUGUGAUGAUUCCGAGAUACUUCCUUCACUGGGAAAACUUCCAUCUUUGAAGUUUUUAAGCCUGGUGGAAAUGAAUAGUGUAAAAGAGAUUGGGACUAAGUUUAGAGGAUUCGAUACUUCCAUUGCAUUUCCGAAACUAGAGAGACUUGCAAUUGUUGGCUUCUCUAAGCUAGAAAGCUGGGAAAAAGCAGAGAAUGGAGACUACCCGCGUCUUUGCAAGCUCACCAUAGAGCGAUGUCCUAAGUUGGUUGGUGUUCCAUCUUCACCUCUUAAACUCGCCACUCUCAAGCAUUUGGAAAUAAUCAACUGUGAAAAUCUCAGCAGUUCAUUCCUUGAGAAAAAGUUGUCGAAAUCACUGGAGACAUUGAUUAUCGAGGAUUGCCCUAAAAUCACUGAGUGGUUUAGAAGACGCAAGGGCGCGAAACUUCACAAGGUUGAACAUGUGCAAAAUAUAUGGAUUGAUCAUGAAUUGAUCAGCAGAGUCUAAUUUUGCUAAAGGUUUAUAUCAUUCUUUAUAAACCUAUAUGUAAAUAUAUAGAUUAGCUGUAUUAUACAUAUAUAAGCAAAGAAAUUUAAUCAUUAUAUGUUGAUAUGUAUAUAUGUAAUAUAUGUAAAUAAUGUAUACCUUCUAUGUGUGCUUGUAAAAGGUCUCAUGUGUACAAAUGAAUAAGAAUGUACAAAUAUCAUA